UCCAUGGAUGUAAGGUGGAGAAUACUCAGGAAUUCCUCUGUUUCCUACUAACUGUGUUGUGUUCUUCAUCCUUAAUCAUUUCACAGUUCCAACUCUUAAACCCAGAAUCAUCGUACCUUAAUCAAAUCAAAAAAUGAAAAACAAUUAGAACUUGAUGAAAUCAUGGCUGAUCUCUUCUCCAGAAGCUACCAUUGUCUCUGGAUUCCAUGCCGCAAUGUUCCAUCCAAACAUUCUGAACAGUUUCGAAUCUCUGCUCCAUUUCCAUUUCCAUUUCCUAGAAGACGAAUCAGCUUAACUCACCAUACCCAUUUGGUAUCCAAUGCCUCUUCUUCCUCAAGCUCUGUUCCUGAUGAUGUUGAUAUUCUCUCUUCAACUGAGUGUUCGGAUGGUAGCUUUGUGUUCCAGUUCGCCAAAGCUAGUGAGAUUAGAGAUAAGUUAGCUGAAUUAGAGCGAGAGAAGCUCGCCUGUGAGGUUGUUGAGGGAGGAGGGAAAGUUGGUAUUCAAGCUUUGUUGAGUGACAGUAUUGAAAUUUUGAACAAUGAGGUUGAUGAUAAUUUACAGGAGGAAAGUAAAUCAUCAUCAAUUGUUGUAGUUGGUGUUGCUGAUCAAAAUCCUCAGAUUCCAAUAAAUGAAAAGGAAAGUGUUGUUCUUGAUAAUGAAUCUGAGAGAACUGUGAUUAAUGAGUCACAAAAAAUUGAUAGACACUUGAAGUUGGACUCAAUAGAGGACGGUGAUGCUCAACAUGGGAUUCUAAGUGAGGAUGGUGCUGCUGAGUGUAAUGGUGUCCCUAGUGUGUGUGAGGAAGAGUCUCAAGCUGAUGAUCACAAAGAAGUUGUUGUUUCAAGAACAGUUACUGCAGUGUCGGAUGUGUUUUCUGAUAUAAAUGGAGGUGCUUCUGAGGAAGUUGAAGAGAAAGUUGAUGGUCAAGAAGAAGUUGUUGUUUCAGCAGUUAAUCCGGAGUUGGAUAUGUUUGGUGAUCCGGUUAGUAGUGCUUUUGAUGGUCACAAAGAAGUUGUUUCAGCAGUUACUCCAGAGUUGGAUGUGUUUGGUGGUCUGAAUAGUGGUGCUUCUGGGGAAGUUGAAGAGGAAGUUGAUGGUCUUGCUGUUUCAGCAGCUACUCAAGAGUUGGAUAUGUUUGGUGAUCUGAAUAGUGGUGGUGCUCUUGGGGAAGUUGAAGAGAAACUUGAUGGUGAUGAAGACGAUGCCAUUUCAACUGUUACUCCAGAGUCAGAUAUGUUUUCUGAUCUGAAUAAUGGUGCUUCUGGGGAAGUUGAAGAGAAACUUGAUGGUGAUGAAGAAGAUGCCAUUUCAACUGUUACUCCAGAGUCAGACAUGUUUUCUGAUAUGAAUAAUGGUGCUUCUGGGGAAGUUGAAGAGAAACUUGAUUUUCACGAAGCAGAUGCUCUUUCAACAGAUACUCCAGGGUCAAAUGUCAAUUCUGAUAUGAAUAAUGGUGCUUCUGGGGAAGUUGAAGAGAAAAUUGAUGAUCAUGAAGAAGCUUCUGUUUCAUCUAUUACUCCAGAGUCAGAUAUGUUCACUGAUAUUAGUAGUGGUGCUUUAGGGGAAGUUGAUGAGAAACUUGAUGUUCCUGAAGAAGUUGCUGUUUCAGCAGUUACACCAGAGUCAGAUAUGUUUUCUGAUAUGAACAAUGGUUCUGCUGGGGAAGUUGAAGAGAAGCUUGAUCAUGAAGAAGUUGCCGUUUCAACGGUUACGCCAGAGGCAGAUAUGUUCACGGAUGUGAAUAGUGGUGCUCUAGGGGAAGUUGAUGAGAAACUUGAUGUUCCUGAAGAAGUUGCUGUUUCAGCAGUUACUCCAGAGUCAGAUAUGUUUUCUGAUAUGAACAAUGGUUCUGCUGGGGAAGUUGAAGAGAAACUUGAUCAUGAAGAAGUUGCCACCGUUUCAACAGUUACGCGAGAGGCAGAUAUGUUCACAGAUAUAAAUAAUGGUGCUCCUGGGGAAGUUGAAGAGAAACUUGAUGAUAAGGAAGAAGUUUCCGUUUCAACAGUUACUCUGGAGGCAGAUAUGUUCACGGAUAUGAAUAGUAGUGCUCCUGGGAAAGUUGAUGAGAAACUUGAUGGUCAUGAAGAAGUUGCUGAUCUGACUAGUGGUGCUUCUGGGGAAGUUGAAGAGAAACUUGAUGCUCUCGAAGAAGUUGUCAUUUCAAUAGUUACUGAGUCAGACUUGUUUUCUGAUAUGAAUAGUGGUGCUUCUGAGGAAGUUGAAGAGAAAGAAGGUAGAAGGACAGCUGACAAAGGUCAUGGUGUAGAUGUAGCUACAAGCUACCUGACUGGUAGUGUUGAUGCUGACUUAAGUGAAUUGGUGCCAGCAUCCACUCUUUUAGAUUCUGAACAAGCUGUUAAUACAGAAGCAAACAACCUAACCACAUCUUUAGAGUCUGAACUUGUUGCUAAUGAUGAAGAGACAACCCAUGACAUUGUGGAUGACUCAAUUGAUGCAAGUGAAAUGGAAAAGUCUACUAUGUUGCAUGACUUGCCUGCAUCCUCGGAUAUGGAAAACAAGAUAGAUGUGGGGAAUACUGAAAGAAAUGAUUAUGAAAGCUCAUCACAUCUAACAGUACCAGAGCUACAUUCAGUUGAGAUGGCUAGUUAUGGGGAAAAUACUUCAAGAACCGAGCUUUUCCUAGUUUCUGCUGCUGCUUGCUUGCCUCAUCCCUCUAAGGCAUUGACAGGUCGAGAAGAUGCUUAUUUUAUUUCUCACCAAAACUGGGUAGCUGUGGCUGAUGGAGUUGGUCAGUGGUCACCUGAAGGGAAUAAUAGUGGACCGUACAUCAGGGAACUCAUGGAGAAGUGUAAAAAUAUUGUGUCAAGUCAUGAAAACAUUUCAACCAUAAAACCUGCCGAAGUUCUUACUAGAAGUGCAGCUGAAACACAAACUCCAGGGUCAUCAUCUGUUUUGGUUGCAUAUUUUGAUGGAGAGGCCCUCCAUGCAGCCAAUGUUGGGAACACUGGAUUUAUCAUUAUAAGAGAUGGUUUCAUCUUUAAAAAAUCAACGGCCAAGUUUCAUGAAUUCAAUUUUCCAUUACAUAUAGUUAAAGGUGAUGAUCCCUCAGAAAUCAUUGAGGGGUACAAGGUCGAUCUAUGCGAUGGUGAUGUGAUUAUAUUUGCCACUAAUGGCCUUUUUGACAAUCUUUAUGACCAAGAAAUUGCAUCAACUAUAUCAAAAUCACUACAAGCUAGCUUGGGACCUCAGGAAAUAGCAGAAGUUCUGGCAAAGAGAGCACAAGAAGUUGGAAAAUCAACAUCUACAAGAAGUCCUUUUGCUGAUGCAGCACAGGCAAUAGGAUAUGUGGGUUAUAGUGGUGGCAAGCUUGAUGAUGUAACUGUUAUAGUGUCAGUAGUUCAAACUAGAUAGCUCUUUCCCAUUUCUUGUCUUGUUAUUUAUCAAUAUUUCAUGUGUACAUACAACCAGUUCUUAAAUUUAUCAUGAUACUGAAGAGGCAAAAUUCUUUCCACUGAACUUUCUACUUAUUUAGGGAUUAUUGUGGUCCUCAUUGUUACUAAAAGCACAUCUACAUCAUUCCAAUGCAAAAGAUAACCAAUGGAAUGUAAGGGGUGAAU